AUGGUAUCCCACAAGGUUUUCGUCGCAAUAAUCUUACUCCACCUGUACAUAGGCAUACAGUCCGUUUUCUACCUGUUCGGCGGCGUCAUUUUAACCGCCCUGUGUGCUAUGGCUUUCUUGAACGGACCCAGGCUGCUGGACUGGGCGAGUUCACCUCCGCAUCUCCAGUUCAACAGAUACGUCCUGACGGGGUACCGGCCUGUCUCCUCCGUGCAGGAGUGCGUCCGGAGCCUGUUCUACCUGCACAACGAGCUGGGGAACAUCUACACGCACGGCAUUCCCUUGGUUUGCUUUCUGGUGCUGCUGCCUCUCAACAUCCCCUGGUCUCAGAUCAGCGUCACGUGGUUGGGCGUGGUUCACUUCCUGGCCUGCCUGUCACCCCAGCUGGGUUCUGUGCUCUACCACCUCUUCAUGAACCACGAGGGAGGCGAGCCCGUCUACCACACCCUCCUCAAACUCGACGUGUGUGGAAUCGGAAUGAUCAACACGCUCGGGGCUCUGCCCAUUGUCUACAGUACACUGCUGUGCUACCCGUUCAUCCGCACCGUUACCCUGGUAGUCUACAUCCUGCUGUCCAGCCACGCCAUCUACUCCGCCGUGACGGCUCGGAGCAGCGUUUGCCGGCUGCGCUCCUUUGCCUGGCAGGCCCUUUUUCGCUUCUCCUUCUUCCUGCUCCGCUGGGUGGGCUUGGGUGGCGGCAGCCCCACGUCGUUACGCCACUUCCUCAUGAUGGACGUCCUGGCUGUCCUGGGCGGGAUCAUCAACAUCACCCGCAUCCCGGAGCGCUUCAGCCCGGGCCUCUUUGACUACUGGUGCAACAGCCACCAAAUCAUGCAUGUUCUGGUGGUGGGCUCCAUCCUUUCCCUGCACUGGGGCGUGCUGGAUGACCUGCUGUGGAUCAACACUUACGACUGUCCCUCAGACUGA